UGUGUGACUUUGAGCAAGUUAAUGGGCCUCUCUGUGCCUCAUCCAUCUCAGGUGUAGAAUGUGGAUGACGAGUGUACCCACGUUGUGGGGCUGUCCCGCAGAUGAAAUAAGCCAGUGCGGGGGAAGGACUUCAGUGCGUAUAACGCACCGCUGGGACACGAGACGGCCCUUCGGGAGCUUUAAACUGUACACUUACCAGGUGCCCGUCCCCCAAAGUGCUGAUUUGAUAGGUUCAGCGUGCAGACUGGGAAGUGUUUUUUCGGUUUUUGUUCAACUCCCAGGUGAUUUCACAGGAAAGCGCACUCAGGAUGACACAGUCUUCUCCACAUGGUGAAGCACCUGGGUGCCAUACACGGCCAUGCCCAUGGAUCUGGAGGGGACACAUCGCCUGACCUCAAGGAGUUGACAACUUAGCUGGCGGGCAAAGAGACGGCCGGCAGAGAAGUCAAGUGUGGUUAAACGGCUGUCCUACUUCCCUCUUCCAAGGACCCUUCAGAUGACUUCGCCCCCCACCCCCACCCAAGCCAGAACGACCUCUCCAUCUUGAGAUCCUGACCGGGAUCACGCCUGCAGAGUCCCCUUACCAGGUAAGGUCCCAUAUUCAUAGGUUUCAGGGAUGAGGGUGUGGAUAUCUUUGGAGUCAUUAUCCUGCCGACCACAGCGAUGAUGGUGAACCGUCACUGAUCCCUUCUGACCUGCCAGGUGCUGUGCUCUCUGUACCAACCCACAAGGCCCCUCUCGUGGAGGUAGAGUUCCCAUUACAUCAGUGGGGCCCCAGAGUUCCCAGGUCAUAACAGCAGAGGCAGGACCAGGACCAAGGCAGGCCUGGCUGUCUUGACCGCACUGUGCACGUCGUCUCUGUGGGAAUAGCUGGGGCAGCAACUUAACAUUUGAGUUGGAGGAGCUGUCAGAAUUGGUCAUGAUUAGCAUGAAAUGAGUUGGACCAACAGUCAGAGCUGAGAUAGCAAGAGAGAUCAUGGUCUUCCAGAUAGGCGGGACGGUGGGGACCAAGGCCUCAGUCAGGACUGGGACAUUUCAAGUCAGAAAGGGGUCUGGCUGGAAAGAAGGCUCACAUUGGUGGGGAGGCAGGAGAAAGCCUUGAAUGACGAGCCUCAGUGUCUAGACUUCAUCCCUUAGGCAAUGGGGAGCCACGGAAAGUGUGUGAACAGAGGAGUGGCAUGAGAAAGGGGGAUAUUAGGAAGGCUGCCCCUCAUGGGCUUACAUGUCCAUCCCCUCCCCCAGAGCAGCCUUUCUAUCCCUGUGUUUAGGACCCGUGGCAUUCCUGGGGGCCACCUGGCCCAGUCCCUUUGGAAAGCACCAGGGCCACUGGCACCUCUUUCCUGUGCCUGGGGACCACUCGGUCGCCGGAAGCAAUGCAUUGUAGUGCUGGCCUCCAGGAUUUCCUGCAGCAGCCCAGGGCCGGACGGGUCUUUGUGGAAACUGUCCCCGGAGAGCCCCAUGCUGCCUGGCCAGGGUCAGGCCCAGGAGGUGGCAGGAGGGGGGUUUGCUCAAAGCCAAGGGGACCUUGAGGAGAGGGGCCUUGGAGGAAGUGGAUGCUCUCUGCUAUUGGACCGCAGGACCUCCCGCCUCCAGGCUGUGGGUGUGGGUCACCUCCCAGAAUCCUUUGCAGUGGGUGCUGUUGGCUCCGACCCUGUGGCAGGCCACUGUCUCCUGAUCCCAGCCGGCUGUUGGCUCCUCUGCGCUUCGCAUCCAGCAGAAAUGACAUCUGGGACAUCAGGGACCUUGGGACGUGUCCCCCUCCUCAUCAGGGCCCUUUUGACCUCCGCCCCCGCCCACCUUGCACAGGCCGGGGGAAUAACCCCCUGCACAGAGAAUGUGGGACGCUUGUCACUCCUGGCCUCCAACCGGUUUUGGCUGCGGGCAGGAACACGCGCUCGCCAAAACGGAAUUGUAUUUAUACAAGUAGCAUCCACCCAGCGCCUGGCAGCCAGAAGGGGCUCAAUAAAUGGGUGUCGAAGGACCAGGGAGGACAUUGGGGGAGGGAAGACCUCCUGCUGCUCUCCCACACCAGGGAUGAGGGCACCUCCACACACCCCAACCAUGGCCUGCCGCCUCCCCAACAGGCUCUGGGGCUCGAGGGUGCCUCGCUGCAGCCUCCAAAAUAGAGCCAAGGCCGCAGAACAUUUCCUGUCACCAAACUUCCGAGGCUAAUAUGUGUUCCCUGUGGCCCGGGUCCAGACGGGACCCGAAUUGUUCCAAUGAGAAGCUCACCAAGGACUUAGGGCAGGGUCAGGGCCUGAGGUGGGUGUCGGCAGCCUGACUUCUGCCCCAGGGUGACUGGAGGAAACACCUUCUCAGCCCCCAAGCCUCCCAGCACUCGGGACACCUCAUCCCCCAUCCUGCCCACACGCACCCCGGUAGCCUGGGGACCUUUGACACGAGCUGCUCACCCGAUUCCCAUCCUGCAGAGUGGAGGACAGAUGGGGCUGUUUUCAUCCACCUACAAAGUGCCUCUGAGCCCUGCUUGCCUCCCUGGGGCCCACAGUGAAACGCCCUAGGGGAAAUCAGAGCAGCUUGGAAAUCUGGCUGCGUGACGACCUUGAACAAGGCCCUUCCCUGCUCUGAGCUCCAUUGUCUCACCUGGAGAUUCCGCACCCCCCCACCCCCACCCAAGAGGUGGUGCCGGAUCGCUAUGGGUCUCCCUUCACCCUCGGCCCAGCUGGAGGGAGGAGAGGAUGCCCCGUGGGCUGUACUUUCCAUGGCCUGGGAAAGCAUCCACCUCCCGGCCCGUGGGUCAGGGGUCACCUUGGUGGAAGCGAGAGCUGCUGUUGACUGAGCACUUGUGUGGGACUGUGCCAGGCCACCAACCUGGGCGUCCUGUUUGGCCCUCACCAUCCUGGCGGGCAGGUGCUGUUACGGCCGUGUCACAGACGAAACACCUAGACUCAGGGAGGGAUCGCGGCUCACCCAACGUCCCCCACGGGUCAGCCCUGUGAGGGCUCUGUGGAUUCCCCUCCCCGGUGUAGGCACAAUGCUGCCCUCAAGAAGAUUCUAGAAAAUAAAGCUAAGCCAUAAAUGAAAUGAUUUCCAGUUGUGAGUAUGCCAUGUGGGGCAUCUCCAAUAGGCAAUCAGGGAGUCCGUCUCAGAAGAGGUGACAUUAUCAUGUAUGCUCUGCUGAGCUUUGAGAAUAAGAGCUUUGCAUCUCCAGGAGCUACUUGGGCAAAGGCUCUGCCAGGAGGCUGAACCUUCCUGCCCCCCAGAGCGCGGCGAGUGAGGCUGCGCCAACCCCGAGGGCCGGGGGGGGUGGAAGGCUGCCUAUGCUUGGGUAAACCCAUGCUAUGUUGGGUGCUGUGGGAGAGACAAAGAGCCCUAAAUCAGGUUUCCUGCCUUUGAGGAAAUUCCAAUUAAAUGUGAGAUGAGAUGCAGAGGCGUGAUAAGUGGCUAACAAUGGCAGGCAGGGGAAGAAGGUGAGCAGGACCAGCCGGUGAGGGCGCAGGAACCCAGAGGCGCCGAGACCUGCAGGGCCUGCGUCGGCCAGGACCUCCUCGGGCCUCAGGUCUGGGCAGGGUGGGGUGGGGAAGGAAGGGAAGGUGUGGCCAGGACCCCAACAAUAGGAGGGCACGUCCAGGGCUGUGUAUGAGUGUCCUGUGGCUGCUGUGACAAGUGACCACAACCAUGGUGGCUUAAAACAUCACUGAUUCAUUCUUACAGCGCUGCAGGUCAGACGGCUGACAUGGGUCUCACUGCCAGACCAUGCUGUCAGCAGAGCUGGCUCCUUCCAGGGGCUCCAGGGGAAAUCUGGUUCCCUACUUCCUCCAGCUUUUAGAGGCCGUGCAUUCCUUGGCUUGUGGCCCCUCCCUCCAUCUUUAAAGCCAGCAUCCCGGCAACCUCAUUUUCUCUCUGUCUGGGUCUGACCCUGCAACCUCCCUCUUCUAAGCACCUUGUGAAUACGUUGGGGCCACCCAGAG